AUGAAUAGCUCGACGGGGGAAGAGCAAUUCACGAGCCUCGACGACGGCGGUCUCCUCCAACAUUCCACGCCGGGUGCAUUAGAGGAGCCCCUUCCCCAUUGCCGCCGCCGUCGCCGAACCCUACUUCUAAUUCACGGAACAGGAAAAUCUGAAGAAACAAGGGGACAACACUAUUGGAAAUUCAGACGAGGAUUGGGCAUCGGAGGAAGCGAAGAGGCGGUGGAUGUUGGCCGGGGCGGUGGGUUUUGGCCGGCGGGAGGGUAG